AAGCGUUACUUCUCUCCACCAAGCUUCCUGAUAAUAGACAGUACUGUAACUAUUCUCUUCUUUCCUGCAGCACCUUCACCAGGGGAAGAGAUUGUGUUGUCAUCUCAUCAUUUUACAGUAGGAGCAUCUAAUAAGUGGAAACAUGUCCCAAAUCCUAGACAUCCGUUGCCGUGAAAUCCUAGAUUCUCGUGGGAACCCCACUGUUGAAGUAGACGUUGUUACAGCAAAAGGUGUCUUUAGAGCAGCUGUGCCCAGUGGUGCUUCCACAGGUGUUUAUGAAGCAUUGGAACUGCGGGACAAGGACAACACACGCUAUUUGGGAAAAGGUGUCACUCAGGCUGUUGGCCACGUCAUUAACACAAUUGCCCCUGCACUCAUUAGUAAGAAUGUAAAUGUCCUGGAGCAGGCAAAAAUUGACAAACUGAUGCUGGAAAUGGAUGGCACAAAGAACAAGUCAAAAUUUGGUGCCAAUGCUCUUCUUGGAGUAUCCCUAGCUGUUUGCAAAGCUGGUGCUGCAGAGAAAGGUGUACCUCUCUACCGUCAUAUUGCCGAUCUGGCUGGAAACAAGGAUGUCCUCCUGCCUGUACCUGCUUUUAAUGUAAUAAAUGGUGGUUCUCAUGCUGGUAACAAGUUGGCAAUGCAAGAAUUUAUGAUCCUGCCAGUAGGAGCACCAAACUUCAAGGAAGCGUUGCGUAUGGGUGCAGAGGUGUACCAUAACCUGAAGAGUGUGGUUAAGCAGAAGUAUGGACAGGAUGCCACCAAUGUUGGAGAUGAGGGAGGGUUUGCUCCAAACAUCCUGGACAACAAAGAAGCUCUGGACCUGGUGAAGAAUGCCAUCGAUAAAGCUGGAUACACUGACCAGAUAGUCAUUGGAAUGGACGUAGCAGCCUCUGAGUUCUACAAGGAUGGAAAGUACGAUUUGGACUUCAAGUCCCCAGAUAAUCCAGCAAGAUACAUUACUGGUAAACAACUUGGUGACAUCUACCAGGUAUUCAUCGAAAAGUACCCAGUUGUAUCUAUUGAGGACCCAUUUGAUCAGGAUGACUGGAGUAACUGGGCCAGCUUCACAGGCAAUACAACAAUUCAGAUUGUUGGUGAUGAUCUGACUGUAACCAACCCUGAGCGCAUUCAGAAGGCAAUCGAGAAAAAAGCAUGCAACUGUCUUCUACUCAAAGUGAACCAAAUUGGUACCGUAACGGAGUCCAUAGAAGCCUGUCAGCUUGCACAGAAGAAUGGCUGGGGUGUGAUGGUUAGCCAUCGUUCUGGAGAAACUGAAGAUACUUUCAUUGCUGAUCUGGUGGUUGGGCUGUGUGCUGGGCAGAUCAAGACUGGUGCUCCAUGUAGGUCUGAACGUUUGGCAAAGUAUAACCAGCUGCUGCGGAUCGAAGAGGAGCUGGGAUCAGAAGCCCGAUUUGCAGGCAGGAACUUCAGACAUCCUAAAUGCAAUUAAAUUCAACGGUUCUGGUUAACAGACUGAUAUUUCACCAGAGACAACUGAAAGGAGCAAGUGUCACAGGGCUAAUGUACGUGGGCAGCUUUUAGGAUUCUGAUUUACUAGUCACUUGUAUGAGACUGUGACCUUGUAACUUGUGGAUUUGUUUUCUAAAUUUUCUAAUACUUGUGCAAUUCUAAUUACCUGCAAAACGUGCUCUUGUGUGCAAUAAAAUAAAGCACUUAUGAAGACCUGAA